AAACCUCGUGCCUUUCCUCGCGAGAGACGACUAGCUCAUGCUCGCCGCAGGGGUCGGAGGUCAGGGCGAGCGUCUCCCGGGCCGAAGGAGGAAGAUGGCGGUGGAGUCGCGCGUUACCCAGGAGGAAAUUAAGAAGGAGCCGGAGAAGCCGAUCGACCGCGAGAAGACCUGCCCGCUCCUGCUGCGGGUCUUCACCACCAACAACGGCCGCCACCACCGAAUGGACGAGUUCUCCCGCGGGAACGUGCCUUCGAGCGAGCUGCAGAUCUACACCUGGAUGGAUGCAACCUUGAAAGAACUGACUAGUUUAGUGAAGGAAGUCUACCCAGAAGCCAGAAAGAAGGGCACACACUUCAAUUUUGCAAUUGUUUUUAUGGAUCUUAAAAGACCUGGAUAUCGAGUUAAGGAGAUUGGCAGCACCAUGUCUGGCAGGAAGGGCACUGAUGACUCCAUGACCCUGCAGUCACAGAAGUUCCAAAUAGGGGAUUAUCUGGACAUAGCCAUCACGCCUCCAAAUCGGGCGCCGCCUUCGUCAGGGAGGAUGAGACCCUACUGAAGUCUAUUGACUUUCUUGAAGUUAUUUUUCAGCCAGUUUGUAAAAUAAACUUACUUAAUCCUUUCUUCCCCCGGACUUUGCCAUUAAGCCUUUAAAUUUUCAACAAAUUGUAACACAUUUAUUUAGGAAUUAGAGUUGGAUGUACUUUGGUAUAUUAAAGUCCAUAUGUUUUAAGCCCUUAUGUAAAAUAUGAAGAAAAGUGCUCUUAGCAUUCUGUAUAAAGCUGUAUUGUGAAAUACAUGUGUUCAAUCAGCCCAGGUGUAAAAGUUAAUGGAGGCUUGAGUCUCACCUGAUAAUGUAGGGGUUUAUUCAGCAGUAGAGGGCAUUUUAAGCCCUAAAGAGGCAAAAUAAGAAAGCCAUGGGGUUGUAUAAAGUGGUGAAUAUGUUUGUGGCAUUAGAUGAUCGAAAAAGUAGGUGGCAAGGGCUGGAGAGAUGGCUCAGAGGUUAAGAACACUUGUUCUUUUCUUUUUUUUUUUUUCCCGGAGACAGAGUUUCUCUGUGUAGCCCUGGCUGUCCUGGAACUCACUUUGUAGACCAGGCUGGCCUCGAACUCAAAAAUCCGCCACCACGCCCGGCUAAGAACACUUGUUCUUGCAGAGGACCCAGGUCUGUUCCCAAUAUCUGUAUGAUGGCUCACAGCUCCAGUCCUAAGGGAUCUGACCCCCUUUUUGCCUCUGGGCACCAAGUGAAGGGAGGAAAUGAAUCCAAACUAGGCUAUGAGGGAGGCUUACCUUGAGCCGAGAAUGGAAAUACAGCCUGUUGAGUGCUGGAGACCUCACUGGAGAACUAUGAAAGCUAAACAUUUGCAGUAGACUUUAGAGUAGUAGUUACAGAGUAAAUGGGAUGGCUGAGCCCGAAGUCAUUGUUUCCUAUUAGAUGUGUAAUGUGCAUGCUGGCACAUGCACCUGAAGGGAGGGCGAGUGAGAGGGAAAAGCUACUAAGUAGUUACUCUUUGAUACGCAUUUCUAUUCCUAGCUUAUGUGGGACAGCUGAGCCACACUGCUAAGCAUGUCUCACAAAACCUGCACAACUGAGCUGCAGUGACUGAUUCCUGUGGCUGCUAAAGGUGUGGCUGCUUGGUUAGCUCAUGAUGGGCAUUAGGAACAACUGGCCCUGCUUUAUUGAAUUCUAUACGAUUGCAAACCCCAAUCUUAAUACAUGACUAUAGUUUCCACCACGAAGGUGGUUAAGAACAGCAGAGUGGGGGCUGGUGAGAUGGCUCAGUGGGUAAGAGCACCCGAUUGCUCUUCCGUAGGUCCAGAGUUCAAAUCCCAAGAACCACAUGGCAGUUCACAACCAUCCGCAACAAGAUCUGACUCCCUCUUCUGGAGUGUCUGAAGACAGCUACAGUGUACUUACAUAUAUUAAUAAAAUAAAUCUUAAAAAAAAAAAAACAGCAGAGUGACUGCCUAUCUGGUCUGUUGGCUUAAACACUUGCCAAUGGCUAUGAUUUCCUAGAGUUGACAAGUAAAUUUCUAAAAGUAUUCUAGUAGGCUUAAUCUUGACCAGGUAACCAGUCUCAGAACAAAAUCAUGAAUUCUUUUUUUCUCCCAAAGAAGGAAAUUCCUAGGGCCAGUAAGCAAAAACCCAAGAAUAAUCAAAGUAAAAUUACAUUUAUUUUGGGGGAAGGGGUGUGUGGAAGUCAGGACAAGUUUUAGAAGUUGGUUCUCUGGAUCCACUAUUGAGUCCCGAGGAUGAAAUUCAGGUUGUCAUGCUUGAUAGAGUAGACUCCUUCACUGAGCCAUCUCAGUGGCCCAGAGAGCAUCUUUACAUUCUGGGUUUUUCCGAUUGUCACUUUAUAAGUUUGCCUGUGUAUAUGUGCACUAUGUCUGUACAGACCUUUCAGAGGUCAGAAGCUGUCAGACCCCCGAACUAGCAUUACAACUGGUUGUAAGUCUCUCUGUGGCUUCAGGGAACUGAACUUGAGUCCUUGGCAUAAGCAACAAGUGCUCCCUGUAGCUCUUGUUUGUGAGACGGGGUCUCCCACUUUGUAGGCCAUGCUGGCCUAGAAUUCAGAUUUCUGACCUGCCUUUGCUUUCUAUACUGGGAUUAAAGGUAUGUGUAAGAUAAGACCACGUCCAGGCCAAAGAACAGUUUUAAUAUUAAACACUUAAAAAGUCACAUUAAUAAGAAGUCUUUACCCAGAAAAGGUGCUGUGGUGAUAAUGCAGAGCCUUUUAUUUUUUUAAGACAGGGUUUCUUUGUGUAGCCUUGGCCGUACUAGAAUUCAAAAUCUGUAGACCGGGCUGGCCUUAAAUUCAGAGAUCUCCUGCCUCUUGCCUCCCUAGUGCUGGUAUUAAAGGUAUGAACCAACCCCCCUUGCCCAGCUGCAUAACAUUCCAGUGUGGGAGUCAGUGGAAUAGAGAACUUUGUGCACAGGGAGUUUUCAGUGAGCAUUAACUGUUUCCAAAGUGGGACACAGCCUGUCCCUCUACUCUGCAUCAUAGGUUGGUUGUAUAACCCUAUUCUGCUUUCACUUCCAAGUAAACUUCAUGUACAGUGACUUAAAGGGUUUUUCUGUACUGGAAUUCCUGACCAUCCUGUUGUUGGGCUUAUAGGUCUGGUUGUACCCAGCUAAAAUAAUUUAAAUGUGAAUGAGGUGAACUUUCAGAGGCUAUCUCAGUUUGAGAAACUUGCAGUGUUCCUGAUUCACUUGACUCAAGCUUUUCACCACUGACAGGUGCCAAGGACUUAAGUACAAAGAUCAGACAAAGCCUCUCAAAAAAUCAAGAGUAAGGAUGAAAAGGAUGUCGCGAUGCUUAUGACAAGUGUCAAGAAGAAGAGGAUUGCUGAAACUACACGGUUCAGUUCUGGAUAUGGUGUGAGCUUGUCUGUCUCCAAAAUGUGAGAUGGCUAUACCAGAUAAAGGAUUCAAUAAACCUAAGAGGGACCAAUGCCCACAA